AUGCCGCAUUCGCUCGCUUACGAGGACAAAGUCCCGUUCGGGACGAACUACCGCACGUCGCUCAUCUUCUAUGUCAAUGGCGCACGGCACGAGGUCCCAGACGCCGACCCGACCAUGACGUUGCUCGAGUAUCUCCGCUCCGUCGGGUUGUCAGGCACCAAGAUGGGCUGCGGCGAGGGUGGCUGCGGCGCAUGCACGGUGAUGGUGUCCGCGUGCGAUCCGGCCACGGGCCACCUGAAGCACGAGUCGGUCAACGCGUGCCUGAUGCCUCUCUGCUCAGCAGACUGGACGGCAAUCACGACCGUCGAGGGGAUCGGCGGCUCGGAGGACGGAGAUCUGCACCCGGUGCAGGAGCGCCUGGCCAAGAUGCACGGCAGCCAGUGCGGCUUUUGCACGCCGGGGAUUGUCAUGUCUCUCUACUCUGCGUUGCGAGCGUCGCCGAAACUCGCCAUGGAAGAAGUUGCGGAUCACCUUGAUGGCAACCUCUGCCGCUGCACUGGGUAUCGUCCGAUCCUCGACGCCGCCAAGUCCCUUUGCGCCGACGCGCCGUGCGGUGGCGGCGGGCCUUGCUGCGCCAGUGGCAGCGGCGACGGCAGCGGCGGCGGCGGCGGCAACGGCUGCGGCGGAGGCAACGGCUGCGCCAAUGGCAAUGGCUGCGAACAUCCUGCCGACCCCAGCGGCCGCCUUCUGGUGGACGGGGACGUGGUGACGGCCACCGCCGACAAGCUGGCCGUCUACUCCUCCGAGCGGUACUGCGACUCGCGCGCGGCAGCAAGCGAGCCGGCGAUGCCGAGUGAGCUGUCGGCCGCGCCGUCGCCGCUCUGGAUCGCCUCCCCGCGCGCCACCUGGUGGCGGCCGGCCUCUUUGGACGAGCUGCUCGCGCUCAAGGCGGCACACCCGCAGAGCAGGGUCGUCGCCGGCAACACGGAGCUGGGCAUCGAGGCGCGGUACAAGAGCCGGCAGUGCGCGACCCUCCUCUCGCCGCGCCUGGUCGACUUGCGCGAGGACGAGAUGCUGCUCUCGGCGCGGCGCCGCGAGGACGACAUCUCCAUCGUGACCGCCGGGCUGCGCGUCCGCCUGCAGCCGGCCGGCGGCGUGUACAUGGUGGUGGACACGUGCUUCGCGUUCGGCGGCCUCGCGCCGACCGUGGUGGUGGCGCGCAAGGCGGCGGCGGCGCUGGUUGGCCGGCCGUGGGAUGCGCAGAGCGUCGAGGAGGCGUGCGCGGCUGUCGUCGACGAGCUGCGCGUCGGCGCGUCUGCGCCGGGCGGGCAGCCAGAGUACCGGACCGCGCUCGCCGCAUCGGCCGUCUUCAAGACUUUCGUCGCCACCUCCAUCGCGCUUGGCGCCCCGGAGUACCGCUCUGCAGGCGAUGCUCCGGCGCCGCCGGUGGUCGACGCGGCGGAGAGGUCGGCAGCUCGCUCCUGGCUGCUCGAGCCAAAGCCGUCGGUGAGCGGCUCGCAGCGGUACCCGCACGCCAGCUACCCCGGGCUCGAGGCGGACGUGGCCUCGCCGGACGUCGCGACGUCGUGCAUCACCGCGCCGGUCGAGACGGAGGCGGCCAAGGCGGGCGGCGUCCGGGCGGGCGGCGUCCGGGUGGUUGGGCAGUCGCUUCCGCACCUGGCGGGCGCGAGGCACACCAGCGGCUCGGCCGAGUACACCGACGACGCGCCGCUGCCGCCGGGGGGGCUGCACGCGGCUCUCGUGACCGCGCAGCAGGCGCCCGCGACGAUCGAGUCCGUCGACACGGCCGAGGCCGCCCGCCUGUUACAUAUUCAUUACUCAAACAGUACGAGGGAGGGCUUCUUCGACUCGCGGCACGAGCUCGAGCACGGCGUGCCCGUCGGCCAAGCGCUGCUCGCGGGAGGGCUGACGGUCGUGGAGGGCGACUUCAAGAUUGGCGGGCAGGAGCACCUCUACCUCGAGGGGCAGUUGCGCGUUCUGGCUUCGGCGCAGGCGCUCGAGAACCUGCAGAAGAGCGUCGCCAAGGCGUGUGGUCUGCCGCUCAACAAGGUCGUCGCCAAGGUGAAGCGGCUGGGCGGCGGCUUUGGCGGCAAGGAGACGCGGGUCGCCUUUGCGCACUGCGCGCGGCCCGUCCGCCUCUCGCUGCGCCGCGACCUCGACAUGCUCGCCAGCGGCGGCCGCCACCCGUACCUGGCCACGUACAAGGCGGCAGCACGCGUCGACCCGGAGACGGGGGAGCCGAAGCUUGCCGCGCUCGACGUGCAGUUCUACAGCAAUGGCGGCGCGUCGCUAGACGUCUCCUCGGCGGUGAUGGACCGCUCUCUCACGCACCUCGACAACUGCUACCUCUGGCCCAGCUAUCGCGCGAGGGGCGUGGCUAUGCUGGUUUGCGAGCACAUCCUCGAGCACCUCGCGAGCGCGAUGGGCGUCAGCGCAGACCGCCUGCGCGCUGCUAACUUGUACGCGGCGGGCGACGAGAUGCCGUUCGGCCAGACGCUCGCAGAGGACGAGUGGCGGGUGCCGCGCGCGAUGGCGACGCUCCGUAAGGACGCGGACGUCGACGCUCGCGCGGCUGCGGUGGCGGGCUUCAACGCGCAGAAUCGGUGGAGGAAGCGAGGCCUCGCGUUCGUGCCGACGAAGUAUGGCAUCAACUUCUACGCGCGCUUCAUGAACCAGGGCGGCGCGCUCGUGCGCUUGAAGUUUGUGUUUGCGAGAUACGGCACGGUGCUCAUCUCGCACGGCGGCUGCGAGAUGGGGCAGGGCCUGCACACAAAGGUGUGCCAGGUGGCGGCGCGCGCCUUCGGAAUACCGCUCUCGGCGUGCCACGUCGCCGACACGGCGACGGACAAGGUGGCGAACUCCAUCACCAGCGCCGGCUCGCUCUCGACGGACCUGUACGGCAUGGCGACCCUCGACGCGUGCCGGCAGAUCCUGCGGCGCCUCAAGCCGCUCCGCGAGGCGGUUGGCGCCAAGGCCAGCCUCGCCGAGCUCGCCACCGCCGCGUACUUCUCGCGCAUCGACCUGAGCGCACACGGCUACUUCGCGCUGGACGAGCGCCGGUGCGGCUUCGACUUUCGGGCGCCGCCCGGCGUCAAGCCGGACGGCACGCCCGACCAGGCGGCGCGGGGCCUCUGCCACAACUACUUCACGCAGGGCGUCGGCUGCGUCGAGGUUGAGAUCGACGUGCUCACCGGCGACCACGAGGUGCGGCGCGCCGACCUGCUCGUCGACGUCGGCUCGUCCAUCAACCCCGCGCUCGACAUCGGGCAGGUCGAGGGCGGCUUCACCCAGGGCAUGGGCUGGACGACCACCGAGGAGCUCCUCUGGGGCGACGACACGCACGGGUGGCUGCCGAGCUUCAACGAUACGCCGCGCGAGCUGCACGUGCGCCUCAUGUCGGGCGUCGACAACAAGGUCGCCGUCCACUCGUCCAAGGCGGUGGGCGAGCCCCCCUUCUUCCUCGGCGCGGUCGCCGCCGCGCGCGCAGACCACGUGGCAGGCCCCUCCACGGCACCCCUCACGCUCUUCGCGCCGGCGACUAGCGAGCGCAUCCGCAUGGCGUGCGGCGACAAGUACGCACGGAUGGCCAGCAGCAACGAGGCUGGCGAUGUGAUGGCAGUGAGAGGCUCCUUCUGA